AAACUAAUUCUCUUGUUAAAAACUACAUUUUAGAAACAAAGUAAUUAAUGUAAAAACAGCUGCCAUCUCAAGUCUUUAUUAUUUGUCGUAUAUUACUUAAAAAGAAUCCGUUUCAUUGGAAGGCGUAUUACGGUUAGCAUUUAAGCCAUGCAGUUGCAGUGUGUAAAUUCAAUCAUAUCCAGGGCACUGUUGCACGGACUUUCCACUACUAUGAGAAACAAAUAGACGCUAUUGUGCAAAUACCAAAGUUCAAUUGUCGUUUUAUUUCGCCAAAAACCUCAACACCAGCCACUAAGUGAAAACACCAUUGUGCGCGGGUGGGGCAUCGCUCAGGCGGAAGCACGGUCCUCAAGGACACACCUCUUUUGGCUGUCACAGUCGCUGCUCGACAGGAAGGAGAAAGUGUUGCUGAGACAGAGUGCGAGUUUUGCUAAAACAACAAUUCUUGUCCGCUAUAGGGUGCCGGAAGGAGUAGGGAAGCGCUAUUGGCAUUUGCUCAUUCAAUAGUCUCUGCAGUGAAAAAGGUGGAAGCUCGGCCGGAGACACCAGGCCCGGUUUAUUUUGGCGGGAAGCCAGAUCAAAGACGGUGAAGCUGACCGACUUCAUAGCUUUCCCGGAGGCGCCACUUCAGAACAACAUGAAGGGGAAACACAAAGGGAAACUUUAAUGGAAUCUACCAGGAUGUGUGCUGGUGAGAGGGGGAUUCACAGCUUUGCACAACAAACAAUAUACUGCACCUGCUGGUAUUUAAAAGAAUUGUUUUUUAAAUAAGAUUGCUCCUUGUGCAGCUUCUGCUGAUAGGAGCACCGGCCCAGGGUUUCAGGAACCCAUCGACCCUUGUGGUUACAUCUGAAUUUGCUUUUAUACCACUGCUAUAAAUCAGGGGAGUAAUUUGCUACUAUGUCUAAUCCCCUUAAACAAGUCUUCAACAAGGACCGAACCUUCCGCCCCAAGCGAAAGUUUGAACCGGGUACUCAACGUUUUGAGCUGCAUAAGAAGGCUCAGGCAUCCCUAAAUGCUGGACUUGAUUUGAAGUUGGCUGUUCAGCUCCCGCAUGGUGAGGACCUAAAUGACUGGGUAGCCGUGCAUGUUGUGGAUUUCUUUAACCGCAUCAACUUAAUAUAUGGUACCAUCAGUGACAGCUGCACUGAGCAAUCUUGCCCUGUUAUGUCUGGUGGUCCCAAAUACGAAUACCGUUGGCAGGAUGAUAACCGUUAUCGAAAGCCCACUGCUCUUUCUGCUCCAAAGUACAUGAAUUUACUUAUGGACUGGAUAGAAGUUCAAAUAAACAACGAGGGAAUUUUUCCUACAAAUGUCGGUACUCCUUUUCCAAAGAAUUUUCUUCAGGUUGUGAAAAAAAUCCUUUCCAGGCUUUUUCGGGUAUUUGUACAUGUGUAUAUACAUCAUUUUGAGAGGAUCAUCCACAUGGGAGCAGAAGCUCAUGUCAACACUUGCUACAAACACUUUUAUUACUUUGUAACAGAGUUAAAUUUGAUAGACACCAAGGAACUUGAACCAUUGAAGGAAAUGACUUUGCGGAUGUGCCACUGACAAAGGACUUAUUCUUGGGUUUUAUUUUUCCACAUCCUGCUGAUGCCUGUGGAGCCUGUCACAUUACUGCUGAAUAUGUACCCCUCUGCCAGCAGAGAGGUCACCCAGGAAUACGGACUCUUUCCCUUUUGAUAAUACAUAGAAUUCUGAAUGUGAUUUAUUUUUUAACUCUAUUUUUUAAUAGCUAACACUUCAUACAAUCUGUCAUAUUUCAGGACAAGUCUUUUUCAUUGACUAUAUGUCAAUUUCUAUGCAUAGAUUUAUUUUUUUUGUAUGUUUGUAGCAUUUCAUACUAAGUUGUGUUGUACAGCGGGGUAUCACAGUGAGGUUCCUAACAAACUCAUGGUCCUGCUUCCAGCAUUUACUUCUAUUCCACUUGUUUGUCACAACAUUGUCACUGAUAGUAGUAGUAGUAGUAAUGAUAGGUAGAUAUUAAGGAAGCAUCUGGUCACUGCUAGUCCAUUUCUCUUGCGCUGCAAGUCAAUUAUCUGUAGGAACCAAGCAUAUGAAAUACAUGCAUAUGCUGCUAUUCUUCGUGCCUUAUAUAUUUCUAGGGAGAGAAUACUUUUGUAUAUAAUGCACCGAAUACAUAUGAAGUAGAAACUUUAUUUUUAGAAUACGUUUUUCAUUUUGCACUGUAUCUGCAUAACAGGCAAAACUGAUUUCUAAUAGCGUUUGCCAUAGGAUUUUAGUGGAAUGUUCCAACUGUAGUUUAGAGAAAUGAAUUUUAUAAAAUGAUGUCUUCCUGAUGAACUUAUUGACCAGCCGUGUGUCCCCCCCCCCAGUGCCCUUAUAGACGUGUGUCCCUUCUUAACAUUUCAUUUUUAUUGUAAGAAUAGUGAAUAAUGUUUCGCAGUUGUUCCUCUUCUAUAGUAGGUAUGUAGAGUUUUUGAUACUUCUCUACUAGGGAUGCACCGAAUCCAGGAUUCGGCCUUUUUCAGCAGGUUUUGGAUUUGGCCGAAUCCAACUGACAAUGGCCAUCCUUAUCAGGGACACUGACUCCUCUGCAACGUUAGCUGUUGCAUACAAAACAUUCCAAGUACCCAUUGAUCCAGUAGCAUAAGCAAUUCUUUUGUGCAUGCCACAAAAGUUUAUAUACUUUUAAAAACACAGAUACUGGGGAGCCUCACCCUUGUGUGGUUUCUUUCACCACAUUGUAGACUAACAUGCACAGAAUGUAUAAGGCACCUGGUGCCUGUUCUCUUUAAAAUGCAUGGGAAUUAGUGUUUUAUUUUAUCGUUCCAAGUUGUUGGGCUCGCUGCUGUAUGGCUUAUGCAUUCUCUCUCCCAAGUGCCCAUAAUGCUGGUCCUUUGGUUGGCCAAAUACAUCUUUCUACUUCAGAAGGAAAUCAUGCUGGAGAUGUAUAACAAGGAAGAAAAGUAACAGGGAAAUAAUUCUAUUGCUAUAGCAACCUAAUAUUUUGAGUUAAACUGUUGUGAAGUAGAACUGCGCCCCACAGCUUACUAAAGUUAUAUGUAUGAUUAAUAGAUGUUAACGAACUGCAGAUGGGAUAUUAAAACACAUUUAAUGAAAGCUGAAUGUAGCCGCAAAACGUAUGUUUAUUAAAGGGGUUGUUCACCUUUGAGUUAAAUUUUAGUAUGAUGUAGAGACUGUUAUUCUGAGACAAUUUGCAAUUGGUUUUCAUUUUUUACUAUUUGAGUUGUUUAGCUUUUUAUUCUGCAAUUUUAGCAAUCUAGUUUGCAAGGGUCCAACUUACCCUAACUACCAUGCAUUGAUUUGAAUAAGAGACUGGAAUAUGAAUAGGAGAGGACCUGAAUAGAAAGAUGAGCAAUAACAAUAAAAAUUUAGCUUUAUGGACCAUUUGUUUUUAGAUGGGGUCAGUGACCCCCAUUUGAAAGAUGGAAAGAGUCAAAAAGAAGGCAAAUUAUUUAAAAACUAUAUUAAAAAAAUAAUGAAGACCAAUUUGAAAAGUUGGCCAUUCUAUAAUAUACUAAAAGCUAACUUAAAGGUCCUGACCUGACCCAUGCCUGUAUUUGAUUCCUUCUCUCACAUUAGAAAUGAUUAUACUAGAGACAAAUGGAGUGAUGAUGUCCCCCAUGUUAUCAAAGUAGUUGUUUCCACAUCAUUCAGCCCGAACUAUUGCUAUUCUAUUAGUGGUAGUUAUUUCAUGUGUAAAUAUCAUUAAGCUGGUGGUGUAAAUACAGUGGCGUAACUACUGGGGGAGCAGGGCCCCCCGGCAGUCACACACCCACUGGAUUCGGCUGCAGCCGCACGGACGGUGGUGGGGGCGGGGCCCGGCUGCACGGCCCGCACCAGGGCCCGCCCCCACCUAGUUCCUUCACUGUGUAAAUAAAUGCUUCUUGUGUUGUUAGUCAGGAAUUAGAAACUAGUGAAGCAAGGUCAGAUAGAUUUUUGAUUUGUUGGCAUGUAGUUGCUCUUCUCCAAUGCCUGGCAUUUCCACACAUUCCACUUAUUUAUUAAAUGCACUUUUUAACGUAACCACUAAUAACUAUCUGUGCUCUUUUGCUACCAGUGUACAAAGGAAGCCUCGUUGCAUUGUGGAUUUGUGGUGAGGUAUUUACACUCAGCUGGGCACAAGUGAAAGUUUUACAUUUUUGCAUAAACUGAUUUCCAUGGACAUUUCGUUCGACGAAUGUUUAAAAUUGCAAUUGAGCCACCUUUUGGAGAUGUACAAAGAUUUUAUUUUCAUACACAAGGUGCUUCAAGUGCCUAGUUUUUGCUAACCACUGUCACAAGCAUCCUCUUGUUUUUAUUUAGUAGAAAUAAAUUAUGCAGUGUCAAAAA